AUGGCGAACUGGUUUGGAAACCUUGACUUGGCAUACAAAUAUGUUGUCGUAUUUAUGAGUUUGCUCCUCAUUACCAUCAUUGCUGGAUUCAUCAAGGUGCUAUACAACCGACAGAGGUUAAAGAAGGCGACCAAGGCCGAGCUUGAAGCUGGACCCAAGGAGGACACCGUCGAGCUAAACCAACGUGAGAAGGAUGAGGGAGAUUUGUUUGGUAUUCGGGCCAUCGAGGCAGGUUUUUACGCUGGUGUUGCUCAGUCGCGCCCUACAUCAAGGGCAGGAUCCAUCGUUAGCAAUCACCCCGGAGCUAUGAGCAACAGCACGCUGGUUGGAGGCAGCGCCAGCUCGCCGCUCAUGAAGGGCCAGUCCACCAACAACAGCACGCUCAGUCUGAACCUCAGUGCCGCCAACGAUGCCACUCACCGUCCUCCACCUUCAACCUUGAAGCUCCGUCCCUCGGAGGCUGAACUCAGCGGAAGGCACAACCACAUGGUCGACAUGUCGCUUCAAGUUCCUCCAUCGCCAGGUGCUCCUCCUCGCGAUCCCCCAGCUACGACAUUUGGUUCUUACGAGCACGACAACAGCAACUUCCGACUUUCCGACACCAUGGCAUAUGACUCGUCUUCGGGCCAAUCACCUUACAACCCUCCUACCACUCAGCUGCCUACGCUCCCGGGCCAUGCGCUGCGGAAAGAAUCCCGAUCGCCAUCGCCUGAGAAUGGAUACCCUCGCGUGCAGGUUCACGAGCCGAACUCUGAGCCUGCACAAUAUUCGUCGUAUGCUGUCCCCGCCAGACUCCAACCGCGCGCAUACUCUCCGUACUGUGAAGGAGGAAGCGAUGCAAGCAGCAUGUACAGCAGCAGCAACAGCCACACGGGGCUGAGCGCAUUUGGGGUAGUGUACCACACAUCGGAGCAUAGUGGUAUGCAAGGACAAGAGGCGGAAAGAUUGGCGAGGGAACGGCCACUAUCCGAGUCUUCGACGGCAAUGUCUGGGCAUACGUCGAUCCUGGGGUCUAUUAUCAGCGAGGGCGAAUCACAAGGUCGACAGUCGAAUCUUGUUGCGCCUGGGCAGUCAGGGGCGACGGACUCGCGGCUAAGCGAAUUCUACGAGGCGUACUACCGCAACUCGCACUUUGGGCCGGCGCAGUCUGUUGAGACGAUGCAACACAGUCUGGACAGACGAUCCGUCAUUAUCGAAGUCGACACGCCCUUGGCGUCGCCUAUGGUUUCUAGGCAACCCGGGACUGCGUAUUGA